AUGACAUCUACCGCCAAUCCUUCCAAAACGAUGGUAUGCAACGACAUUUUAAAUAUUAUCUUUAAUUACGCCCUCAACAAAUUCGAUGACACAGAGGAUAGAAAUAAUGCGGGUAAGCCCAAGUUCUUGUCGGUCAUUGAGAAAUUUGUCAGUAGUGGAAUACCGGUGGAAAUGUGCCUUCCAGCAUUUCCCUUCAAGUCGUCAAACAAGGUCCAUAAAGUCUUCGGCAUUCUGCCUGACAAAGCCGAAGAGAUUGCUCUUGAUCGACUAAACACAAUGUGUUUGCGCAUUGGAGAAGUGUACCAGCCUGGAGCCAAGUGCACAAUCAUUUCCGAUGGGCUCAUCUAUUACGUAUAUCGGAUCGCGAUACAUGGGCGUACGGAGAAGCCUUACGUGCAAUGUCUCAACAAAGGUUUCGACUACAUCUGCUUCUCCAGAAUUCAAGACUUUGUCAAUUUUCCAUUGCCAGAAAAGCUAGACGAGAUCACUUACGUAGCUAACGCCACCAAUUUUCGUCUAUCUAUGAUUAAUAGAUGGGGUAAACAGAACAUCAAUAUCGAAGAUGAGAUUGCCAACAAUCCUGAUACAAAAAUGACUUAUCUGGGAUAUCGAAGAUUUCUUGAAUCAGAUUUGCGAUAUAUUUUUCCACUUGGAAAUGGUCGAAGUAAUACCAACUACAAGAAAAUAUACUACCAAGACCAAGCUUCCGCUUAUUUUGCUAAAUUCUCGAAACAGGCUUUUGCAGGAGCGGUCAAAUAUGCUUUCCCAAAUCAUUUACGGCUGUCCAUUCAUCAGUCAACAGGCGAUCACAAGAUAUCUAUGAGUCUGCUAAAUACAAAAACUGGCUUUACAACCCCUUGGCAUUGUAGCGUUGCUUUGAUGGCAGAUGGCGAGUGGAUAAGCGCUCCGAUGGGAGAUUUUAAAGAAAAUAAUAAUUUGGAAGUUGUCUACGAAGAUGGUCGUCCUAGCUACUUCAAAAUGAAGAAGCACACUAUCGAACGCCGGGUAGAUGAUACGAACCCAGAAAUCAAUCUAUCGAAAAUUUCUGCGGGUCUCUCUUCCAGGUUCAUGGCCGGCGAAAAUAAAACUUCGCAGAAAUUCCAGCAACAGUCCUCGGUAGUAGUAUCUAUAUUAGCCAUUUAG